GAAUUGCAUGACUAUCAUGGACUAUAGCACGAAAACAAGUAUCCCACUCCUUUGACUCAUAGAUCGACUUCUUUGGUCUCAUUGCGUCUACUUUUGGCUUUUAAUAUUGCGGUAGGUUACAUCUAAUGACCUACAACUCUCAAGGAAAACCAAGUUGAUCUACUUCCAUCGCAAACAUUCAGGCAUGGACCAUCCCAUGGUCGUCGUUUUGAGAGACCUUAUUGCUGGACCGUCCAAUUUGCACGCCCAUGAUCGGGCCCGUCAACAACCAGACUGCGGUGUUUCGUGUGAUAUAUGGCCGAACAAGCGAUUUCUGUGGGACGCUUCGGGACCAUUUAUAGGACCUGAGACUACAAUAAAUACCGAGAACUCCCCGGCUGUAACCCAGGCGGCACGGACCGCCAUGGCGUCUGCAGAAACGAGCGAGACCACCUUUCAGAGGGAAGUCAACUCUGAGCCUGAUUAUGUGGAAUCAUUGGCGACGAUCACAUCGACCCUGCAAUCAGAAGCAACAUCUCUACAACAUGUACCACCGAUGGACAGCAAGCCUACAGGUCUCCAAAUUUCACCGGUUGUCACUGUACCUCCGUGGAGUUCGGUAUCCUCUUUAACAACUACCACAAGAUUAGCUACACAGCCUGAAACAACAUCCACAGCAGCUCCAACCAUCACCCAAUCCGCACUUGGACAAGAAAAAAACAGUGGUGGCGAUGGCAUCAGCACCAAAACAACAAUCGCCAUUGCCGUACCCGUUUCCGUCGUCGGGCUUGCUCUCUUCGCAGGGCUUCUGUUCUUCCUCCUAAAGCGUCGUCGCCGAGAGAGAAAAAUCGCCUCCACGAGUAAUCCAUCCUUAGUAUGUGCAAUCCCCAAACAAGAACCUUCUUGGGGGGAUUUUGGAUCAACCCCGAGAGAGAGAACCUCGUUCGGAACCAUGGCACAACGACCCAUACCACAUAGCCAUACACUCACACCGGAUACCCAGUCCUUAAACCGAGACGUACGCCCACCACCAUCCGCAGACAGCCGCAACGGCGUCCGAGGUCGCUUCACCGAACAGGUUCACUCAAUAUACGCACCCGAUGGAAGUCCAAUGGCGUUAACCGCAGAAAACAUGAGCCACCACGAACAACACACACCUCGAUCUUCGGCAUGGCCCCUAUCACCAUUUGGAGAUCCGAUCAAUAUUAACAACAAUAAUGAUGCGGCCUCGGUCGUUUCGAGGCUCAGUGAUAGACCGGGUGCGACGCAGAACCGGGACAUGGAUGAUGUUUCGUCUAUCUCGUCGAUAGAUGACAAUGAACGGAGGCGAAAUACCCGGCCGUAGGGCUUCGGGGAUGCGGAGAUGUGUGUUUGUGAUGUUGAUCGUUUGGCGU